AUGUCCACAUUGGAUCCUGUCGAUUCGUUCCUCUUCUCUCUCAGCAGAGCCUUUUGCAGUCCGCUAGCAGUUUUUGUCCAGAUCCAGACGAUUAAGCUUCCAUUUAGUAUCAACCACUGGCAUGACCUCUAUGCUCAUUUAAUGUUAAACUGCCAAUCUGUGCUUGAUGAUCAACGUUUUUCGUUUUCGUUCUGUUUCCCUUAUCAGGAAUAG